CGGGAGCGCGCACGCAGGAGCGCUCCCUGCAGCAGAGCUCGGGCGGCGUGCGUGUGCGUGUGCGCGUGUGCGGUGGGGGAGCCUCGAGGAGCGCACACGGAACCAGCGAAGAUGGACGGAGUGGGAUCGUUCGGAGCGGGCCGAAGCGGCUCCACUGUGGACCCCAUUACCUUCGUCAAGCAACCGCAGACCAUAUUGAGGAUCCUGUCGUGGAUCUUCUCCCUGGUGGUGUUUGCCUCCAUCGUGAACGAGGGCUACGUCAACUUUGGCAGCGAGCGUCUCUACUGCGUCUUCAACAAGAACGCGGACGCGUGCAACUACGGAGUGUUUGUGGGCCUGCUGGGUCUGCUGGCCGCCUCCUUCUUCCUGCUUCUGGACUACAAGUUCUCUUCCAUCAGCUCCGUCAAAGACCGCAAGAAGGCCGUCAUGCUUGAGAUGGUCUUCUCGGGUUUCUGGGCCUUCUUGUACUUUGUAAGCUUCUGCUUCCUGGCCACUCAGUGGUCUCAAACUACAGCUGAUGAGCUGCCACUCAACCAGGGGGCGGACGCGGCUCGGGCCGCCAUCGCCUUCUCCUUCUUCUCGGUACUCACUUGGGCUGGUCUCACGGUGCGUGCCGUGCAGAAGUACCUGCUGGGCACCGACAUGAGCCUCUUCACCUCAGAGCAUGCAGACGGCGCCGCCCCCGCCCAGUCUUGCCCCUCCGACCCACCAGGGGGCACCGGCGAGUCCACGGAAGCUUACCAGAACCCGCCGUUUACAGAGAACAACACAGCGCCCACGUACCAGGUUCCCAUUUAUUAGCCGGGGUCAAGACUAGAAAAAAGGUCUACUUGUCACUUUUCAAAACCACGUUAGCAAAUAUUUGCUUUCCUCCUCUCGUUGUUGACGUCGACAUUCCAGCUCUUUCUGCACUUUUCUACGCUCGCUUCCACGCAGAGGACAUUCCUCGGCGGAAAGGUCGGAGAGAAAAGAGAAAACAAGAGGAGGAAUCAUAGGAGAUGAGGCGGUAUUCCAACACUUUCACUUUCACUUUCCUUCUGUCCAACAGCGAUCACACGUAUUAAUUGGUUCCGCAUGUAGCAACUCAAGUGCCAUACUGUACUCCAAGUGACUUCCUUUAGCAACAAUAGUUUCUGUGAGCAGGUGCGAGAUCAUGAUGUCACUUUGUCCUGCACUGCGGGGGAGCCACACUGGCUGGGUGUGGAUAGAGAAAGUGAAAGCAACAUUGUGGAAACAGCAGGUUGUUAAAAAAAAAAAACCACUAAAACAAACAUUAAAAAAAUGACAGAAACAUGGAAUCAAUAUGUUGGAAGAAAUGUAUCAAAUACAAAAUGUAUACAGUAUUUAUAUCUAAUUUUUAUUUUUAGAUUCUCCCGAACAAAUCUUGUUCUUUUAGUUGAAUUGUGUUGUUUACAUGUCAGUCAUAUAUUCAGUAAUAUUCUGUAUUAUAUUUAUUACUAGUGUCAUUAUUAUGUCUCUAUGUAUUUACUUUAUAUUUUCCCUAACAU